AUGGGCCAUCUGGUGACCCUGGCGACAUGCUCGCUCAAUCAAUGGGCCCUGGACUUUGAGGGGAACACAGCCCGCAUUAUUGAAAGCAUUCGCAAAGCCAAGGCCGCUGGUGCUACCUUGCGCGUGGGCCCAGAGCUCGAGAUCACCGGAUAUGGAGUUCUCGAUGGGUUCCUAGAGGGCGAUACCUUCCUGCACUCCUGGGAAAUGUUCGCCCGCAUUGUCGAUCAUCCUGACUGCCAGGAUAUUGUUGUCGAUGUGGGCAUGCCAGUCCGCCACCGGAACGUGGCUUACAACUGUCGAGUGAUUUUCUACAAUCGAAAGAUUGUCUUGAUCCGGCCCAAAAUGUGGCUCGCCAAUGACGGUAAUUAUAGAGAACACCGCCACUUCACCCCAUGGCAGCGUCCACAAGAGGUGGAGGACUAUUACUUGGAGCAGAUUGUCGGAAAGAUCACCGGCCAGUACAAGAUUCCUUUUGGUGACGCAGUUAUCAGCACGAGAGACACUUGCUUGGGGCUGGAGACGUGCGAGGAACUUUUCACUCCGAACGGCCCUCAUAUUCCUUAUGGGCUGGCUGGUGUGGAGAUUAUCUCGAAUUCCUCCGGCAGCCACCAUGAGCUGAAGAAGCUGGACACUCGAAUCAACCUCAUUGCUCAAGCUACCAAAGUGAGCGGCGGAAUCUAUCUCUACGCCAACCAGCAAGGGUGUGACGGUGACCGGCUCUACUACGAUGGUUGUGCGAUGAUCGUCAUCAACGGGGACAUCGUGGCUCAAGGGUCGCAAUUCUCGUUGAAUGAUGUUGAAGUUGUCACCGCAACUGUGGACAUCGAAGAUGUCCGGGCCUAUCGCUCUAGCAAAAGCCGAGGCAUGCAAGCGAGCAAGCAAGCUCCUUAUGUCCGCCUUGACCUUGACACGAGGCUCUCUCGCCAAAGUGAAGAGGCAGACCCUGGCCUUGCUCCUUCUGAGCCGAUCAAACCCCGAUACCACCCCCCAGAGGAAGAAAUCGCUCUUGGGCCGGCCUGCUGGCUGUGGGAUUAUCUCCGAAGAUGCGGCGCUGCCGGGUUCUUCCUGCCCCUCAGCGGGGGUAUUGACAGUUGCGCCACGGCUGUCAUUGUGCACUCGAUGUGUCGCGAGGUCUUGAAGGCUGUCAAGGAAGGGAACGAACAGGUGAUCAAAGAUGUUCGCCGGCUUUGUGCAAAACCUGCAGACUCGAACUGGCUGCCCAGCUCCAGUCAGGAGAUUUGCAAGUGCAUCUUCCAUACCAGCUAUAUGGGCACGUCAAACUCUAGCAAAGAGACAAGAGAUCGAUCAACGAUGCUGGCCUCGGAGAUUGGCUCCUAUCACGUCGACUUCAAUUUCGACACCGUGAUCACGGCCAUCAUGAAUCUUUUCACAGUCAUCACCAAUUUCCAGCCCCGGUUCAAAGUCCACGGAGGAAGUCCCACCGAGAACGCCGCUUUGCAGAACGUUCAAGCACGUCUCAGAAUGGUUCUUUCAUAUCUUUUUGCCUCGCUGUUGCCAACGGUUCGUCAGCGGCCUGGCGGUGGUGGACUGCUGGUCCUUGCGUCGUCCAAUGUCGAUGAAUGUCUACGGGGUUAUCUUACCAAAUACGAUGCCAGCUCCGCUGAUCUCAAUCCCAUCGGCUCUGUGAGCAAAGUAGACCUCAAGAAAUUCAUUUCCUGGGCCGGCCACAGCUUCAACGUUCCCAUGCUCGAAGAAUUCCUGCAUGCCACGCCCACCGCCGAGCUCGAGCCCAUCACCGCCACCUAUGUGCAAUCCGACGAAGCUGACAUGGGAGUCACGUACGCCGAACUGAGCACAUUCGGCUACCUGCGCAAGGUGUCCAAGCUGGGUCCAUGGUCGAUGUACGAGAAGCUCUUGCAUCUGUGGGGCAACGAGUACAGCCCGCGUGAGAUCUACGAGAAGACGCGCCAUUUUUUCUACAACUAUGCCAUCAACCGGCACAAACUCACUGUGCUCACUCCGAGCUAUCACGCCGAGCAGUAUUCUCCCGAAGACAACCGCUUUGAUAUGCGCCAGUUCUUGUGUAAGUUGCAACAAAUCCUUUUGAGAGUCACUCAAUAUGUCAUUUCAAUCUGGGACUUGGGGACUAACAGUGACUUCCUUCUUUCUCGCAUCACAGACCCGUCUUUCACAUGGGCAUACAAGAAAAUGGAGGAGAAUGUCAAAUUCUGGGAGUCCAAGGGGUGGACGGCAGGAAAGGCGCAGAAGAAGAGCGUCAAGGCGGAUUAA